AUGCGUGAAAUAGUUCAUCUCCAAGCUGGUCAAUGUGGUAACCAAAUUGGUUCUAAAUUUUGGGAAGUUAUUUCGGACGAACAUGGUAUUGAUCCAACUGGUACAUAUCAUGGCGAUUCUGAUCUUCAACUUGAACGAAUCAACGUCUACUACAAUGAAGCAGCUGGUGGCAAAUAUGUUCCCCGUGCUGUUCUUGUUGAUCUUGAACCAGGUACAAUGGAUAGUGUUCGAAGUGGCCCAUUUGGUCAACUUUUUCGACCAGAUAAUUUCGUCUUUGGUCAAUCUGGUGCUGGUAACAAUUGGGCUAAAGGUCAUUAUACUGAAGGUGCUGAAUUAGUCGAUUCAGUCUUGGAUGUUGUCCGAAAGGAAGCCGAAUCAUCCGACUGUCUGCAAGGCUUUCAAUUAACUCAUUCACUUGGUGGUGGUACUGGAUCUGGUAUGGGUACAUUACUUAUUUCAAAGAUUCGUGAAGAAUAUCCUGAUCGUAUCAUGAUGACAUUUAGUGUUGUUCCAUCACCAAAAGUAUCAGAUACUGUUGUUGAACCUUAUAAUGCAACACUUUCUGUUCAUCAACUUGUUGAAAAUACUGACGAAACAUAUUGUAUUGAUAACGAAGCAUUAUAUGAUAUUUGCUUUCGUACAUUAAAAUUAACAACACCAACAUAUGGUGAUCUUAAUCAUUUAGUUUCAGCUACUAUGUCUGGUGUAACAACAUGUCUUCGAUUUCCAGGUCAAUUAAAUGCUGAUUUACGAAAAUUAGCUGUAAACAUGGUUCCGUUUCCACGUUUGCACUUUUUUAUGCCUGGUUUUGCACCAUUAACAUCUCGUGGAUCACAACAAUAUCGUGCAUUAACUGUACCUGAACUUACACAACAAAUGUUUGAUGCUAAAAAUAUGAUGGCUGCAUGUGAUCCACGACAUGGUCGAUAUUUAACUGUUGCUGCAAUCUUUCGUGGUCGAAUGUCAAUGAAAGAAGUCGAUGAACAAAUGUUGAAUGUACAAAACAAAAAUUCAUCUUAUUUUGUUGAAUGGAUUCCAAAUAAUGUUAAAACAGCUGUUUGUGAUAUUCCACCUCGUGGACUUAAAAUGUCAGCUACAUUUAUUGGUAAUAGCACAGCUAUUCAAGAGUUAUUCAAACGUAUUUCUGAACAAUUUACUGCUAUGUUCCGUCGAAAAGCUUUCUUACAUUGGUAUACAGGUGAAGGCAUGGAUGAAAUGGAAUUUACUGAAGCUGAAUCAAACAUGAAUGAUUUAGUAAGUGAAUAUCAACAAUAUCAAGAUGCAACAGCGGAAGCUAAUAAUUAUAUUUUAUUAAUUGCUCCACCUGAACGUGGUCAUUUAAAUCCAAUUCUCGAAUUAGCUAAACAAUUAACAUUUAAUGGAACUGAUAAUGAUACUGAAAUACUUGUUAGUGUACCGUCCUAUGCUGAUGUUAAUGUUUCAUCAUGGGUAACUGAUGAAGGUCUUAAUUAUAUUGAUGGUGGUAUUGCACAUGAUGUUACUCUUGAUGAUAUGCAUCAAUUUUCAUUAAUGGAUUCACAACCUUUAAGAAAUUAUCUCAGUUUUGUAUCUCGUAUGGCUCAUCUUUUUCAUAGUUUUAAUCAUGUUGCUUAUGAAACACUUCUUCCACUACUUCGUAAGAAACAUGCUAAACCGCGUGUAAUUAUUUUCGAUUUAAAUAUGUUAUGGGCAAUUGAUUUAGCUGAACAACUUGGUUCUAUACCAGCUAUUGUUGUUUGUCCAUUUCUUAUUGAUGCACUUAAUUUACCAAGCAUGACACCAGGUUGGCAUACACCAUCGUAUAUUGUUCCUUAUUCACCAUCGACUUUUAUUGGUCGUUUUCAAUUAUUUAUUUAUCGCUCAAUAAUAAUACCAUAUCAAACACAUUUUAUAUUUUCUCGUGUUUAUCAACGAAAAUUUGAUUAUGAAUAUUUAAUUAAAAAACAUUAUCUUAGUGUAUUUGUUAGUACAGCACCACCAUUUGAAAUUCCACGUUCAGUUAUUAAUCCGGCUAUUCAUUUCUUAGGUCCAUUUGUAUAUCAAUAUCGUUUACAACCAAUUAAUCAUAAUUUACUUUUAUGGCUUAAUGAUAUUGUUCAACAAAAUGAUACACUUAUUUAUAUAAGUUUAGGUUCAAUUGGUCUUCUUACACAAGAACAAUCAAAUAAACUUAUUUAUGCAUUUAUGAAAUUAAUCGAAACAAAAAGUUCUUCUCAAAUACGAGUUUUAUGGGCUCGUGGUAAUACUUUAAAAAGUAAUGAUAGUCGAUUUCGUCUUGAAGGUUUUGUACCACAAAAAACUAUUUUAUCACAUCCAGCUAUGCAACAAGAACGUUCAAUUUAUAUAAAUCAUUGUGGUAUGAGUUCAAUGCAUGAAUCAAUUGUAUUUGGUAUUCCACAUAUUGCAUUUCCACUUUUUCUUGAUCAAUAUCAAGUUGCUAAACGUAGUGUACAAUUACAUAUGGGUUUAUAUAUUGAUAAAAAUAAUUUUACAUCAAAUGAAUUAAUUGAAAAAAUUCUUUUAAUUUUAAAUAAUCCACAUAUAUAUCGUCGUAAUACAAAAAAAAUAGCAGAUUCAUUUCGUAUAUAUGGUGAUGGUUUAAAACGUGCUCAAAAUAUAAUUGAAUAUAUGAGUAAAUAUGGACGUGAUAUACAAAAACAAAUAGUAUCUUAUGAUAGUCAGAUGAAUUGGAUUGAAAAAUAUUCAUUAGAUAUUCUCAUUUGUUUUCUUUUGAUUAUUUUCAUUCUGUUUAUAUUCAUACGAAUAAUAUGGAAAAUAUUAAUAUUAAUUAGAAAAGAAAAAAAAGAUUAA